CCCCCUGGCGGUUACGAUGCGCGGCGUGAAGGAUCCCAGCGCGACGGUGGCAGUGGCGCGACUGCAGAACCGUCCGAGCCAAGCGGUGUCCUAGGUCACCGGAGUCCACAGUCAGGGACUCUGUCGUCGCCCAGUCCCUUGGCCUAAGAUUUUUAGGUUCUUGUGACAGUCAUCCCUGCCUGCCUCUGCCUCCCUGCUCAAAAUGCAGCUCGCGGCCCUCAAGGGUCCCAAUGUGCUCUGCCCGCGGCCUGUGCUGCAUCUGCUUUUCCUGCUUGUACUCCUGCUGCUGCAGCCGGGAACCUACCCCCAGACCUCGCUGGACACCCGCAGCACCCAGACCUCGUCUGGCACCCCCAGUGCUCCCACCACUGCAGGCACGCCUAGUUCUUGGACCCCUCCGGGCACCCCCAGGUCCCCUGGCCUGCAAGGUCGUGCGAGGGACCUGAUGCGGAACUUCCCAUUAGUGGACGGCCACAACGACCUGCCUCUGGUCCUGAAACAGCGUUUCCAGAACAGGCUGAAGGAUGUGGAUCUGCACAAUUUCAGCCACAGCCAGACCAGCCUGGACAGGCUCAGCGAUGGCCUCGUGGGUGCCCAGUUCUGGUCGGCCUACGUCCCGUGCUAUAGCCAGAACAGGGAUGCCGUGCGCCUCACCCUGGAGCAGAUUGACCUCAUCCGCCGCAUGUGUGCCUCCUACUCUGAGCUGGAGCUGGUGACCUCAGCUGAAGGUCUCAGUAGCACCCGAAAGCUGGCCUGCCUCAUUGGUGUGGAGGGUGGUCACUCACUGGACAGCAGCCUCUCUGUGCUGCGCAGUUUCUAUCUGCUGGGAGUGCGCUACCUGGCACUCACCUUCACCUGUAGCACACCCUGGGCAGAGAGUGCCACCAAAUUCAUAUACGAUCUCUACACCAACGUCAGCGGGUUGACAAGCUUUGGUGAGAAAGUGGUACAGGAAAUGAACCGCCUGGGAAUGAUGAUCGAUUUGUCCUAUGCCUCAGACAACUUGGCAAAGCAGACCCUGAAGCUGUCUCGGGCUCCUGUGAUCUUCUCCCACUCGGCUGCCAGGGGAGUGUGCUACAGUUACCUGAAUGUUCCUGAUAAGAUCCUACAGCUUCUGAAGAAGAAUGGUGGCAUUGUGAUGGUGACCUUGUCCAUGGGGGUGCUGCACUGCAACCUGUUUGCUAACGUGUCCACCGUGGCAGAUCACUUUGACCACAUCAAGGCAGUCAUCGGAUCUGAGUUCAUUGGGAUUGGUGGCAAUUAUGAUGGGUCUGGCCGGUUCCCUCAGGGGCUGGAGGAUGUGUCCACAUACCCCGUGCUGAUAGAGGAGCUGCUGAGUCGGGGCUGGAGUGAGAAAGAGCUUCAAGGUGUCCUUCGAGGAAACCUGCUGCGGGUCUUCAGGCGAGUGGAGCAGGUCAGCAAGGAGAGCCGUGGGCUGCGCCCCGUGGAAGCAGAGUUUCUAGACAGGCAGCAGAGCACGUCCUGCCACUCACACCUCCUGCCUCAGCCUCAGAAUAAUCACCAGAGGGUGACCCAGCCAGCCAACCAGGUCUCCCAGAGCCCCUUAAAAACCUCCCCACACGCUGUUCUAGGCCUCACAGCUACUGCUACCCUCCCGGUCCUCAUCCUCUGGCUCUGGUAACCAGGUCAGUCCUGAAGAAACCACUGUAAGAGAGUUCCACAAAGUCCCCCUUCUAAUGGCCCAGCGUAUGGCAAGAAUAAACAUCUGAGACUUGGAGCCAA